AUGGCCUCCACCUCCGCCUCCCCGUCCGCGUCUGCGACCGAGCCUGCUGCAGCGACCGCACCGGCGCCGGCGUCGGCUCCUGAGGGUGAUCCUCCAGUUACCGUCCUGCCGGCGGGCGAGGGAGGCCCCGAGAUCGCCUUCUUCGACGUCGAGACCUCGGUGCCGCAGCGGGCGGGCCAGGGCUACGCGCUGCUCGAGUUCGGCGCCAUCCUCGUCUGCCCGCGCAGGCUCGUCGAGGUCGCCUCCUACGCCACGCUCGUCCGCCCCGCCGACCCAGUCUCCGCGGUCUCGGCAGCCUCCGUGCGCUGCAACGGCAUCACAAGGGACGCCGUGUCCGGGGCGCCGCCCUUCCGCGACGUUGCCGACGCCGUCUACAACCUCCUCAACGGGCGGGUCUGGGCAGGGCACAACAUUGUGAGGUUUGAUUCUGCAAGAAUAAGAGAGGCAUUCACUGAGAUUGGCCGGUCACCUCCUCAACCCAAGGGGAUGAUUGACACCUUGCCUCUGCUUACCCAACGGUUCGGAAGGAGAGCAGGGGAUAUGAAGAUGGCAAGCUUGGCAAAUUACUUUGGCCUAGGGAAGCAAAGACACAGGAGUCUUGAUGAUGUUAAAAUGAACCUCGAAGUUCUCAAAUACUGUGCUACAGUCCUGUUCCUGGAGGCAAGUCUUCCAGAGGUGCUCACUGUUGAGAAUCUGGUUGAACGUGCAACAACAAGGAGCCGAGCUAAUGGUACUGCAUCCCCUGAUUUGCCAAAACCUGAAGCAAACUCUCCACCGGAUUCAUCAAAAAGGCAACGGAUAGUUUCUCCAGUUGACUGUGUGAUGCCUGAGGAAGGUAAUCAAAGAACAAGUGAUCCUUCUACCAACAGGGAAUCUGUUGAGUUGGUAUCCCACAUUGAGGAGAUGAAGCUAGAUACCACCACGCAUAUGGAUGCAAGUUCUAGUGGUUAUUCUGGAUUUCUUGAGCCAGAUGAUGUUUCCAUUGAAUGUAUUGAAAUCUCAGUUGCUCCAUUACACGAAUUUGGCCGAAGGUCAUCUAUCCAGCACAGAGAUUGCCCACUACAACUUUGUUGUGCAGGCUUGAAAGUACAGUUUGGUGUCAGUACAAAGUUUCUUGAUAAUGCAGGGCGGCCAAAGAUGAGCAUAGUGGUUGAGAUCCCUGAGAGUCUCAGUAAAGUUUUGGAAUUCUGCGAUGAUCUUGCUAGGAAGUUAUCUCAGGAAUCUGGUAGCAGUUCUGAAUGGAGACCCCUGAUUAAGAAGUAUGGAUACGUUAAUCGUCCGACUGUCCGCCUGAACAUCCCUACUAUUGCAAACAGCGAUGCUACGGCCUACUCAACUGAUAUAUGCAAGAAAAAGCCUAGUGGCAGCAUCCAGAAACUUGAUUUCAGCAAUGUAGCCACCACAGAAUUGGACUCCCUGUUUGUUAAAGGGAACAAGGUGGACGCGUUCUUCUCACCGGAGCUAUACGAUUACCAGCAAAAUGCUGGCAUUCGGCUGGUUGCAAAGAGGCUGGUUGUACACUCGAAUUAG